GUCGCGUCGUGAUCCCACGCCUCAGAACAAAGAAUUGGACUUUCCGAGUAAGGCGCUUUUACUAAAAUUUAAAGCCACCGCCAACACAGCAAAUCGCAAAAAGAAGAAACGUUCUUAAAAUUGAUAUUUUUUUUUUUUCGUAAACCCCGUGGGUUCGAACGCGUCAUUAUCAGUUUUUUGGCCCAAUGACCAAAAAAACAAAUGUGCGCACGGUUGUGACUAAAUAAAGCUAACAAAAAACGCUCGACUGCGAUUAGUCUGGUUCGGUCCGAUCGACUGGGAAGAUGGUUCUGCGAGUGAUCCUGGUGAAGUUAGCCGCGAUCUGGUUGCUGGUGGUGGCUCAGGAUGCCAGCUAUCGGUUGCCACGGGAGGUCGUUCCGCUGCAUUACAAUCUGGAGGUCCAUACCCAUUUGGGAGACGACGGCGAAAGUUUCCGGUUCUUCGGUGUUGUUAACAUCACUGUAACAUCCAUCUACGACGCAUACAACGUCACCCUGCAUGCCAAGCACCUCACAAUCAACGAGAGCAAAACCUCGAUCACCGAUCUCAACUCAUCGCAACCUCUGACCGUCGUCACGGUCGAUUACGAUCUGCAGAAUGAUUUCCUCAUCAUCCGCACCAGUGAGCAGCUGAGCGCCGACAACCGAUACCAGCUGACGAUUCCAUUCGAAGCGGAGCUCAAAUCCGACGUCAUAGGCUACUACCGGAGCAGUUACCUCGACUCGGACAGCGGACAACGAUCGUGGCUGUCGAUAACUCAGUUCCAAGCGAUCCACGCUCGUCGGGCAUUCCCAUGCUUCGACGAACCGGAGCUGAAAGCAACCUUCAACAUCUCUCUAGGACAUCACAAGAAAUACAAUGCUCUAUCAAACAUGCCCCUACUAAGCUCGGAGAGCAUCCCCGAUCAACCCAAUUGGGUGGUAGAUCGCUUCGAGAAAAGCGUUCUCAUGUGCCCCUACUUGGUAUCGUACUCAAUCAACGACUACGGUUUCGCAGAAGUUCCCACAAACAAUUCUACCGACGUCACCGUUCGCUCCUGGACUCGCAAGGACGCCCUUGAUAAUCUACAGUACGCCAACGAAAUCGCCGUCAAGCUGAUUGCGCUGUACGAACAGAACUUCCGGCUGAAGUUCCCUCUCCCAAAACUGGACUUUAUAACCAUUCCGGACAUGCUGUUUGCGGCCAUGGAAAACUGGGGUCUCGUGACGUACACUGAGGCUGGAUUGGAGUUUUCACCGGAAAGCGGAACCCUAGACGAUCAGCACUUUGUAGCGUCGGUUGUAGCUCAUGAGAUCGCGCAUAUGUGGUUCGGAAAUCUGGUGACCAUGCGCUGGUGGACGGAUCUGUGGCUCAACGAAGGUUUUGCGCGUUACACGGAGUUCCAAGCCGUGGAGUACCUGCACCCGGAGAUGCGAUCAUUGCAGGAAAUUGUGAUCGAAGAUGUGCUGGAGAUCUUUGAAUUCGACGCAUUGAACAGCAGUCACCCAGUGUCGAUCGCUAUCGGUAAUCCCGAGACGAUUCCACAGCUGUUCGAUUCCAUUUCGUACAAGAAGGGAGCGGCUCUAGUACGGAUGAUGAAUAUGUUCCUGGGGGAUGAAACGUAUCAUGGUGGGGUAGGGAGAUAUUUGGCGAGGUUCAAACUCGGAAACGCCGAGCAGGAUGACCUGUGGCAGGCUUUGACUGAGGAAGCUCAGGAAAGUGGAGGAUUCCCGGAGGGAUUUGACGUGAAGACGGUGAUGGACACCUGGACUCUGCAGACGGGUUUUCCGGUUGUGUACGUAGAGCGAGAUUACGAUUUGCGGACGGUAACUUUCAAGCAGAUGAGGUUCAUGCAUGACGAAACGAUUGACGAUCCAGCUUGCUGGUGGAUUCCGUUGACCAUUUCGACUUCCCAGUUUACGUACUUUAAUCAAACGCAGCCGCAGUGUUGGUUGGGUUGUACCAAAGAUACGACCCCGCACCUGACCAAUCUACCAUGUAGGUCGGAAUGGGUCAUGGUGAACAAUCAGCUGGCAGGGUUGUACAAAGUCCAAUACGACUACCAGAACUACCGCCUUUUGGCGAACUACCUUAAUGAACCGAAUUUUGAGACGAUCAAUACAAUUAACCGAGCGCAACUUGUAGACGAUGCCAUGGACUUUGCCUGGGCUGGUAUUCAGGAUUACUCGAUAGCUUUCUCCCUACUAAGCUAUCUUCCCAAAGAAAGCGAAUACAUCCCGUGGAAGGCAACGCUCACCAAUCUGGAAAUUCUCGAUCGAGUUCUAUUGCAUACCGACCAUUACGACAUGUUCAUAGCCUAUACGAGUUAUCUGCUGCUUCCGCUGUACAACCGCUUGAACAUCUUCGAGGGUAACACUACGGGCGAUCGGUUGGGACAGGUGCGGCUGAAGAAGCUCGUCGCCGAUUGGGCUUGCAACGUGGACAUGGGCGACUGCGUUGUGAAUUCGUUGAAGCUGUUUAAUCUCUGGAUCAGCAGCGGUAAGAAUCUGAUUCCACUGGAGCUGCGGUCGACCGUGUACUGUACGGCCAUACGAGAAAGUUCAAGACCAGAGUGGGACUUUCUGUGGGAUCGGUAUCGUGAUGCGGGCGUGGUCAGUGCUGAAAGAGCGGCCAUUGCCGAAGGGUUGGCCUGUACGAGGGAUCGCGAACUGAUUGGGCGGUUGUUGGUGUGGUCGGUGGAGGAAGAUUCGGAACUGAGACUGGAGGAUACGACGCUGGUGUUUCAUGCGAUAGCGGAUCAUAAGGAGGGAGUCGCGAUGGCUAGCAGCUUCCUGUUUGAGAAUAUCGACAGGAUGGCGGACUAUGUGAAUCCGGAGACGUUCGAGUCACGGCUUGCCAGUCACGUGAAGGUUCUGGCGCAGCAGAUUAUCACCGGACGGGAGCUGGCGCAGUUGGAGCAGUUCAUUGACGAAAAGGAAGCGAUACUGGCCGGUAAUAGUAUUGCCAUAGGGCAAGCUCUGGAGCUGGCUCGGAUCAACAUUCAGUGGAUGGAAAAUCGCUCGGAAGGGUUCGUGACGUACUUGCGGCUGUUGCAGGAGAAAGGAUUCGACGCAACCCAGAUGCAGUGGUUCUGAGAUGCUUAGCAUUUUUCGAUAGUUUUAUGUAAAGAUA